AUGGCUGGAACAUCAUGGUUGGUGGACAAAAGUAGAAUUGCGACCAAAAUAAAAUGUGCAUCAGGAACGUGUGAUCCUGGAAAGGUUAUAUGGAAAAGCAAUCCUACCAAGCCUUGCCCAAAUUGUCAUCAUGAUAUUGACAACAGUGAUGUAGCACAAGAGUGGCCCGGCUUACCGAAAGGUGUCAAAUUUGAUCCAUCUGAUCAAGAGAUAAUGUGGCACUUGCUUGCAAAAGUUGGGAUAGGAGAUUCGAAACCUCAUCCUUUCAUUGAUGAAUUUAUUACUACUCUUGAAGUGGAGGAUGGAAUUUGCUAUACUCAUCCUCAAAAUUUACCUGGUGUUAAGCAAGAUGGAAGUGCUUCCCACUUCUUCCAUAGAGCAAUCAAGGCUUACAACACCGGUUCCCGAAAGCGCCGAAAAAUACUAGGUCAAGAUUUUGGUGAUGUCCGCUGGCACAAGACUGGAAGAACUAAACCAGUUGUCUUGAAUGGGGCUCAAAAAGGCUGUAAAAAGAUUAUGGUUCUGUAUGUGAGCAAUGUAAGAGGAGGAAAAGCUGAAAAGACUAAUUGGGUUAUGCAUCAGUAUCACCUAGGAAUAGAAGAGGAUGAAAAGGAUGGGGAGUACAUUAUCUCGAAAGUGUUUUACCAGCAGCAGCAAGUCAAAUUGGGUGAUAAAGAUGACCAAGAUGUUCCUGAAGCCACUGAAAUCACUGAAUCAACAAUUGUGAAGGUGGAUCCAGUCACUCCCAAAUUGGUGACUCCUGAGCCUCCUUGCCACGAAAGGCAGUGUGCAGAUCUAGACCUAGGACAAGAAACACAUAACAUUCCACAGCUACCUCAGAUGGAUUGUUUACAUGAAAUUCAAGCUGAUUGCCAAGAACUUCCAACUGAACCAUCCAUGGUAGAAUCUCAAAAUGAUGAAGGGAUAGAUAAUAAAGAAAGUAAUGCUGAGGAAGGUCAAAAAUGGUGGGACAGUGAGUCACAGAAUCUGUUGGAUUCACAACAACUGGUUGAAGCCCUGUCUCUGUGUGACGAUCUCGUCCAAAGCCAGUCUCCAAGUAGAGAUGGAAAAGAGGAAGGUCAUAGGAACCAACCUGGUCUUUCUAUUUAUGCUCAGCUAGGACCAGAAUAUCUGAAGAAGGAUAUUGAAGAGUGUCAAAAUCUUGUCCUUGAUCCUGCAAAUAUAGAGAAUGAUAUCUCUCCAGAGUUUCGAUUAAGUCAGCUGGAAUUUGGUUCACAGGACAGCUUUAUUUCCUGGGGAUACAGCAACAAGGCAGAGAACUAA